CAGAAGCAUGGAUCUCGAAGGCCGGUGGCGGAACCUGCCCAGCGGGCCCAGCCUAAAGCACUUGACCGACCCCUCGUAUGCAAUUCUCCCGGAGCAGCAAAAGGCGGCGUUGCAAGACUUGACGCGGGCGCACGUGGACUCUUUCAACUACGCGGUGCUGGAGGGGCUGAGCCACGCGGUGCAGGCCAUACCUCCCUUUGAAUUUGCUUUCAAAGAUGAGCGCAUAUCUCUUACUAUUGUGGAUGCUGUCAUCAGUCCACCCUCAGUGCCCAAAGGGACCAUCUGCAAAGAGCUCAAUGUCUAUCCAGCGGAAUGCCGGGGCCGAAGGAGCACCUACCGUGGGAAGCUGACGGCUGACAUCAGCUGGGCAGUGAAUGGAGUCUCCAAAGGUGUCAUUAAACAGUUUCUUGGCUAUGUUCCCAUCAUGGUAAAGUCUAAACUUUGCAACUUAUACAACCUUCCUCCUCAAGCCCUCAUUGAACACCAUGAGGAGGCAGAGGAAAUGGGAGGUUAUUUUAUAAUCAACGGCAUUGAAAAAGUCAUCCGAAUGUUGAUAAUGCCUCGGAGAAAUUUCCCAAUUGCGAUGAUAAGACCAAAGUGGAAAAGCAGAGGGCUUGGCUACACUCAUUUCGGGGUUUCAAUGCACUGUGUGAAAGAAGAACACUCCGCUGUCAAUAUGAACCUUCACUAUGUGGAGAACGGCACAGUUAUGCUGAACUUUAUUUACCGGAAAGAGCUCUUUUUCCUUCCUUUGGGAUUUGCCCUUAAGGCACUUGUGAGCUUUUCAGAUUAUCAGAUUUUCCAGGAACUUACCAAAGGCAAAGAGGAGGACUCUUUUUUUAAGAAUUCUGUUUCUCAGAUGUUGAGGUCUGUGAUGGAAGAGGGUUGCUCUACCCAGAAGCAGGUCCUUAACUAUCUGGGUGAACGCUUCAGAGUAAAGCUCAGUCUUCCUGACUGGUACCCGAAUGAGGAAGCUGCCAAGUUCCUGUUCACUGAGUGCAUCUGUAUCCACUUGAAAUCUGAUACUGAGAAGUUUUACCUGCUUUGCCUCAUGACCCGGAAGCUCUUUGCUUUAGCCAGAGGAGAGUGCAUGGAGGACAACCCUGAUAGUCUAGUGAACCAAGAAGUCCUUACCCCUGGUCAGCUCUUCCUGAUGUUUCUGAAGGAAAAAAUGGAAAAUUGGCUAGUGUCUAUUAAAAUAGCUUUAGACAAGAGAGCUCAGAAGACCAAUGUAUCGAUAAACAAUGAAAAUUUGCUGAAGAUAUUUAGUAUGGGAACAGAGCUAACAAGACCAUUUGAAUAUCUUCUUGCUACUGGGAAUCUGCGUUCGAAAACAGGUCUCGGCUUCCUACAAGAUUCUGGCCUGUGUGUUGUGGCUGACAAGUUGAACUUCAUUCGCUAUCUCUCCCAUUUCCGCUGUGUGCACAGAGGGGCCGACUUUGCCAAGAUGAGGACCACCACAGUGCGCAGGCUGCUGCCAGAGUCCUGGGGCUUCCUCUGCCCUGUGCACACCCCAGACGGGGCACCGUGUGGGCUGCUGAACCACCUGACUGCCAUAUGCGAGGUCGUCACGAAGUUUGUGUACACAGCGUCUGUUCCAGCCUUGCUCUGUGGCUUAGGAGUCACUCCUGUUGACGCCACACCUUGCCGACCGUACAGUGACUGCUACCCUGUCCUGCUGGACGGUGUCAUGGUGGGCUGGGUGGACAAGGAGCUUGCUCCUGACGUUGCAGACACUCUCCGUCGCUUUAAGGUGUUGAGAGAAAAAAGAAUUCCUCCCUGGAUGGAGGUGGCCCUGGUUCCCAUGACAGGAAAACCAAGCCUCUACCCAGGGUUGUUCCUUUUCACGACUCCCUGCCGGCUGGUGAGGCCUGUGCAGAACUUGGAACUGGGCAAAGAAGAACUCAUUGGCACUAUGGAGCAGCUCUUCAUGAACGUUGCCAUUUUUGAGGAUGAGGUUUUUUCCGGGAUUUCCACACACCAGGAGCUGUUCCCUCACAGCCUGCUGAGCGUGAUCGCCAACUUCAUCCCCUUCUCUGAUCAUAACCAGAGUCCUCGGAACAUGUACCAGUGCCAGAUGGGUAAGCAGACCAUGGGCUUCCCACUGCUCACUUAUCAAGAGCGAUCAGAUAAUAAACUCUACCGCCUUCAGACACCCCAAAGCCCUCUAGUGAGGCCAUGCAUGUAUGACUAUUACAACAUGGACAACUAUCCGAUUGGGACAAAUGCCAUUGUAGCUGUAAUCUCCUACACUGGCUAUGAUAUGGAAGAUGCUAUGAUUGUGAAUAAGGCUUCUUGGGAGCGAGGCUUUGCUCAUGGAAGUGUCUACAAGUCUGAGUUCAUAGACCUCUCUGAAAAAUUUAAGCAAGGGGACAAUAACCUUGUUUUCGGAGUCAAACCUGGUGACCCUAGGGUUAUGCAGAAGUUGGAUGAUGAUGGAUUGCCUUUCAUAGGAGCAAAGCUGCAAUUUGGUGACCCCUACUACAGCUACCUAAACCUUAACACUGGGGAAGGUUUCGUGGUUUACUAUAAGAGUAAAGAAAAUUGUAUUGUGGACAACAUCAAAGUGUGUAGUAAUGACACGGGCAGUGGGAAAUUCAAAUGUAUCUGCAUCACAAUACGAGUUCCUCGGAAUCCAACUAUUGGAGAUAAAUUUGCCAGCCGUCACGGACAGAAGGGCAUUUUGAGCAGACUGUGGCCAGCUGAGGACAUGCCUUUUACAGAGAGUGGGAUGGUGCCAGACAUUCUGUUUAAUCCUCAUGGAUUUCCCUCCCGUAUGACCAUCGGUAUGUUAAUUGAAAGCAUGGCUGGAAAGUCUGCAGCUUUGCAUGGUCUCUGCCAUGACGCUACACCCUUCAUCUUCUCCGAGGAGCACUCGGCCUUAGGGCACUUUGGGGAGAUGUUAAAGGCUGCCGGCUACAACUUCUAUGGCACCGAGAGAUUAUACAGUGGCAUCAGCGGGAUGGAGUUGGAAGCAGAUAUUUUCAUUGGUGUGGUUUAUUACCAGCGUUUACGCCACAUGGUGUCAGACAAGUUUCAAGUUAGAACCACUGGAGCCAGGGACAAAGUCACCAACCAGCCUAUCGGGGGAAGGAAUGUCCAGGGUGGAAUCCGCUUUGGCGAAAUGGAGCGGGAUGCUCUAUUGGCACACGGUACAUCCUUUCUCCUUCAUGAUCGGCUCUUCAACUGCUCAGACCGCUCGGUCGCCCACGUAUGUGUGAAAUGUGGCAGUUUGCUGUCCCCGCUACUUGAAAAGCCUCCUCCUUCUUGGUCAGCUAUGCGCAACAGAAAAUACAACUGCACUGUCUGUGGUCGCAGUGAUACCAUUGACACUGUCUCUGUGCCGUAUGUUUUUCGGUAUUUUGUAGCUGAGCUGGCGGCUAUGAACAUCAAAGUAAAACUGGAUGUCAUUUAACUUGAUCCUAGCCAUCUGAGUUAGGGCGAUUAGAACAAAACAUGACUUUAAUC